GUCUGGCCCCGGCUAAUAACAGACCGAGCAGGGAGCAGGGGAAAGGAAAGCGAAAGUUGAACAACGCGAAGUGUGAACUUCUUGAGACCUGACGGUGACUAUUGAACAGUGCCUGUGACUUUUGGAUUAGCCACAAACCCGUCAUGACAUCAGAAGACGAGGGUGAGGAGUUUAGACUCCAAGCAAAUUCAGAAUUGCGGUUUGAAGUGGAGUCCAAGGCUUCAGUUGAAAUAGAGAUGGUGGAUGGACAGGCAGAAAUGUUUGGAACAGAGCUUGCAAAAAACAAAAAGUAUCAGUAUCUAUCAGGAGCAAAAGUUGCUGUGUUCACUUGGCAUGGGUGUACAAUCAAGGUUAAAGGUAAGACGGAAGUAGCUUACAUCUCCAAAGAAACCCCAAUGGUCACUUAUGUCAAUACACAUGCAGCAAUGGAGCAAAUGAGGGAGAGGGCAGAUGCGGAAAACACAAGAGGCCCAAGGAUGCUUGUAGUGGGUCCACAAGAUGUUGGCAAGUCCUCAUUUUGUCGCAUCCUAGUUAACUAUGCUGUUAGACUUGGACGAUCUCCUGUUCUGGCUGAUAUUGAUGUGGGACAGGGAAGCUUGGGACUGCCUGGUACUAUAGGAGCCAUGGUUGUGGAGAGAACAGCUGAUGUGGAGGAAGGGUUCCAGCAGACAGCUCCCUUGAUCUUUCACUAUGGCCACAACAACCCUAACGACAACCUUCAGUUGUACAACAUGCUUGUCUCAAGAAUGGCUGAGAUUAUUAGUGUGAGGUGUGAACAGAGUAAAAAAGUCAACUCCAGUGGAGUCAUAAUCAACACAGCUGGCUGGAUCAGAGGAGCUGGCUAUGAGUCUCUGAAGCAAGCAGCAGGCGCCUUUGAGGUGGAUGUAAUAUGUGUCUUGGAUCAGGAGCGUCUUUACAACCAGCUCAAAGGGGACUUGCCAGACUUUGUCAAGAUUGUACUGCUCCCAAAGUCAGGAGGGGUAGUGGAAAGAUCAAAGGCAGCCAGAGCUGAGGCCAGAGAUGGUCGAAUCAGAGAGUAUUUCUAUGGCCUCAAGAAUAACUUUUUUCCUCAUAGCUUUGAUGUGAAGUUCAAUGAUGUGAAAAUGUUCAAAGUUGGAGCCCCAUCCCUCCCUGAGUCCUGCUUACCUCUUGGUACAAAAGCUCAAGACAGCCAAACAAAACUAGUUCCAACUUUGCCCACCAACAGUCUGCUACACCAUGUUCUCAGUGUAAGUGCGGCCACGGCUGUGGACCAAGACAUUGUGGAGACCAAUGUGCUGGGAUUCCUGGUUGUCACCAAUGUGGACAUGGACAAGAGCACGUUUACAGUCCUCUCUCCAUCCCCAAGACCUUUGCCCAGAAACAUUUUGCUUGUCACAGAUAUUCAGUACAUGGAUAUCAAGUGAUGAUCUCAUCCUUUGAAUCUGCACAAGUGCUGCAUUGGGUCUUUGAAACCAUGCAGCAUCACUCAUGAGACAUUUUUGUAAAUAAUAAACGCUGAACAGUU